AUGUGUAUGUGUAUGUGUGUAUGUAUGCGUAUGUGUAUGUGUGUAUGUAUGUGUAUGUGUGUAUGUAUGUGUAUGUGUGUAUGUGUGUAUGUGUAUGUCUAUGUGUGUGUAUGUAUCUGUGUGUAUGUGUGUAUGUAUGUGUAUGUGUGUGUGUAUCUGUAUGUAUGUUUAUGUGUGUGUGUAUGUAUCUGUAUGUAUGUGUAUGUGGGUGUAUGUAGGUGUAUGUGUAAGUGGUGUGUGUGUGUGUGUGUGGUGCUUUGGUGCCCUGCAUUACCUGGACCCGUGUGUGAGGGAUCAUCGUCUGAAUGCGCACGGGCGUGGCCAUGCCCGCGGGCGCGCCGGUGGACGCGUCGCUGGUGGACUGGAUCCGCAUGGGCACCACCGUCGCCACCAACGCGCUGCUAGAGCGCAAGGGCGAGCGCAUGGCGCUGCUCAUCAACCGAGGCUUCCGUGACCUGCUCUUCAUCGGCAACCAGGCGCGCCCGCGCAUCUUCGACCUGGAAAUCGUGACUCCUGAUCUACUAUAUGAGAAAGUCAUAGAGGUCGAAUGUCGUGUGGUACCAGCUCUUCCUGGACGAUGUCGCCUACAAGAAGAAGCAGCAGGCAACUACAACAAGUGGCGCCAAGUUCAAGGAACCACUGGCGAACUCCUUUUUGUGGCUCAGGAAUUGAAUGUCGAAAAGCUCAAGGAAGAUCUCAAAGAUUUACAAAAACAGGGGAUUGAAAGCAUUGCAGUUGUACUGGCCCAUUCCUACACGUAUUUGGAUCAUGAAAUUAAAAUUGGGGAAGUAGCUCAAUCCUUGGGAUUCAAACACAUUUCACUGUCACAUCAAGUGAUGCCAAUGGUUCGCAUUGUUCCACGUGGAUUUACUGCUUGUGCAGAUGCGUACCUCACUCCCCAUAUAAAAAAAUAUGUGCAAGGAUUUGCAUCAGGAUUCAAAAACAAUCUUAAGGAUGUAAAUGUCCUCUUUAUGCAAAGUGAUGGAGGACUGACUCCAAUGGAUGUGUUCAAUGGAGCCCGUGCAGUUUUGUCUGGCCCUGCUGGAGGAGUAGUGGGAUAUGCAGUUACUACUUACCACAAAGAAACCGAACUUCCUGUGAUAGGCUUUGACAUGGGAGGAACGUCCACUGAUGUCAGCCGUUAUGCAGGAGAAUAUGAACAUGUUUUUGAAUCAACAACUGCUGGUGUUACUAUUCAGGCUCCUCAGCUGGAUGUCAACACUGUAGCAGCUGGUGGAGGCUCUAUGCUCUUCUUCCGAUCGGGCUUGUUCGUUGUGGGUCCCGAGUCAGCAGGAGCACACCCUGGACCUGUCUGCUAUCGCAAAGGAGGCCCUCUCACAGUCACAGAUGCAAAUCUAUGUUUGGGAAGAUUGUUACCAGAAUACUUUCCCAAAAUAUUUGGCCCUGGAGAAAAUGAACCUCUUGAUCAGGAUGCAACUAACAAAUCUUUUGAAAAAUUGACACAAGAGAUUAACGAGUUUCUUGCAUCUCAACCAUCAAAAGAUGGUUCCAAGAACAGUAUGACCACUGAAGAAGUCGCCAUGGGAUUCAUAAGAGUAGCUAAUGAAGCAAUGUGUCGUCCAAUAAGAGCUCUCACCCAGGCAAAAGGUUAUGAUACUGCACGUCAUGUGUUGGCAUGUUUUGGAGGAGCAGGAGGGCAACAUGCCUGCUCUAUUGCUCGAGCAUUGGGCAUGGGAACAGUGUUUGUUCACAAAUAUGCUGGGAUUUUGUCAGCAUACGGAAUGGCUCUUGCUGAUGUUGUUCAUGAAGCACAAGAACCUUGUGCAAAAGUUUAUGAACAAGGUUCCUUUGCAUACUUGGAUGAGCACUUAUCACUAUUAGAAGACCAGUGCUUUGAAGAGUUGACUAAGCAAGGAUUUGCUCCAUCACAAAUUGAAACGGAAGCUUUUCUUCACCUUCGAUAUGAUGGCACUGACUGUGCGCUCAUGUGUUCUGCCCAUUCCAAAACAGCAACUACGUCAAGCGGAUCACCAACUAAGCAUGGAGAUUUCAAAGCUACUUUUCUGCAAAGGUAUCAGUGUGAAUUUGGGUUUACACUUCCAAACCGUCAAAUCAUUGUUGAUGAUAUUCGUGUAAGAGGGGUUGGGAAGUCACUCAUUCACACCGAAGAGGAAGUUGCCAGUGCUGAUGGACCUCCAAAAGAAGAGAAGAUGGUUAGAGUUUAUUUUGAGAAUGGAUAUCAUCUUACAAAUGUUUAUCUUCUGAGUGAUUUAAAAGCAGGCCACAAUAUAAAGGGUCCUGCAAUAAUAAUGGACAAUUUGAGCACAAUACUUGUAGAACCUGAUUGUUCAGCUGAAAUCACAAGGGCAGGUGAUGUCAAGAUCACAAUUGGUUCUGGUGAAUUGAAGAAAAUUGGAACUAAGCUGGAUUCAAUUCAACUUAGUAUUUUUUCACACAGAUUCAUGAGCAUUGCUGAGCAAAUGGGAAGAAUUUUGCAGAGAACAGCUAUUUCAACAAACAUAAAAGAACGCUUGGACUUUUCAUGUGCCUUGUUUGGGCCAGAUGGUGGUUUAGUUUCUAAUGCUCCACACAUUCCUGUUCACCUAGGAGCAAUGCAAGAAACAGUUCAAUACCAGAUGAGAACAUUAGGAGAUGAUUUUGAAGAAGGGGAUGUAAUAUUGGCUAAUCAUCCUGCUGCAGGAGGAUCUCAUUUACCUGAUCUAACAGUCAUAACACCUGUUUUUUAUAAAAAUGUGAAGAGACCAGUAUUUUUUGUGGCAAGCAGAGGUCACCAUGCUGAUAUUGGUGGUAUAACCCCAGGAUCAAUGCCACCUCAUUCAAAAUCUCUGUUAGAAGAAGGAGCUAGCUUCAAAAGUUUCAAACUAGUCAAACGUGGAAUCUUCAAUGAGAAGGAGCUCAUAGAUGCGCUGAUGGCUCCUGGGAAGAUACCAGGAAGCUCUGGGACUCGAAAUCUUCAAGAUAAUCUUUCUGAUUUGAAAGCACAAAUUGCUGCUAAUCACAAGGGAAUAACUUUAGUUAGUGAACUUAUUGAUGCUUAUGGUCUUGAUGUGGUGCAAGCAUACAUGGGUCAUAUCCAAUCUAAUGCAGAAGUUGCUGUGAGAGACAUGCUCAAAGAAAUUGGGAAGAGAUGUCUUGAACGCAGUGGUUCAACAGUCUUGGAAGCAGUGGAGCAUCUUGAUGAUGGGUCACCAAUAUGUUUGAAAGUUGAGAUAAACAUUGACGAUGGCUCAGCAAUAUGUAAUUUCAGUGGUACGGGUCAUGAAGUGUGGGGUAAUUGCAAUGCACCAAGGGCAAUAACUCUGUCUGCUCUCAUUUACUGCCUUCGAUGCAUGGUUGGUCAUGAUGUCCCAUUGAACCAGGGAUGCUUGAAUCCUGUAAAAGUUAUCAUUCCACCAGGAUCUCUCUUGGAUCCAUCUGACAAUGCUGCAGUUGUUGGUGGAAAUGUUCAGACAUCUCAAAGAAUUGUUGAUGUUGUUCUCAAAGCUUUCCAAGUGUGUGCAGCAUCCCAAGGAUGCAUGAAUAACAUCACAUUUGGUGAAAGUGAAUGGGGAUAUUAUGAAACAGUUGCUGGAGGAGCUGGUGCUGGUCCUACGUGGGAUGGCCGCAGUGGUGUCCACUGUCAUAUGACAAAUACUCGAAUUACUGAUGCAGAAAUCUUGGAAAGGCGAUAUCCUGUGAUACUACGUCAUUUUAGUUUGCGAGAAGGCUCCGGUGGCAAGGGAUUCCAUAAAGGUGGAGAUGGCGUAGUUCGAGAAUUAUUGUACAGGCGGAAAAUGACACUUUCAAUACUCACAGAACGAAGAGCAUUUGCCCCUUAUGGAAUGAACGGCGGAGGUCCUGGAGCCAAGGGGUUGAACCUGUUGUUAAGGAACGAUGGAAGAUGUAUAAAUCUUGGUGGAAAGACAGCAAUUGAUGUUGAACCUGGGGACGUGUUUCGGCUGCUGACCCCAGGAGGCGGCGGCUACGGCAGCCCAGCGGAGGCGGUGGCGGCGACGGCAGCGGCGGACGGCGGCAGCGGCAAGGGCAGCGCACACAGCCGCUUCGUCGAGCGAGGCAGCGUGUUCGAGUACCGCCGCGCGCAGGAGUCGGUGUAGAGCGCGCCACCUGCCGCCCCGCCCCUGGCUGCGACGCUGAGAAUACUAGCACCUGCAGAAGAAGUGUGAAGUACAACAGGAAAUGCAUCUGGGUUUCUAUUCAAAUCACAUAACUGAAUUGUUAACUUUUUUGUGAAGAAAUUUGCUUGGAGGAAAGAAAGUAAAAGACUGAAAGUUAUUUCGGCGAUAUUAUUCGCUGCAGCUUUACAAGUAUUGAAGAUUAUUUUUGUAUACGUUUGAAAAUUUGUAAUGAUUUAGAGUAGUUACAACAUGUUUAAAAUGUAAAAAAAUCUAGUAUAUAUCUGUGAUAACCAUUACAGAUUAGAUUCAGAAAAUAAUAGGUAUAUCCACACAUCAUUAUUGGUUGUUCAAUCUCCUAAAGACUUGUGUAAGAAAACACUUGUCACAAAUAUUGUAUCUGUUAGGAGAAGUGUAAUUGUAUUGAUUAUUGUGUUCGUUUUUUGUAAGACAGUGCGUAAUUUUAAAUAAAGUUAUAGAAAUAAGUGUCUUUGGAGUAUACUUGAUAAAAAUUCAUGCAAAGACCCUUUUCUCACAUGGAAUCUCAACUGAUAUUGAGUUUUGAAAUGCAAAGAAAUAAAAAGC